AUGUGGAUUCUGCCUCUUGUUGGCUAUCUCGGCUCCAUCGUGGGCUUCUGUUUCCUGACCCUGGCUAUCGCCUCGGGUCUCUAUUAUUUGUCCGAGGUCGUCGAAGAACAUACCGUUGUUGCCAAGCGCUUCCUUACUCGACUCAUCUACACCAUCAUCGUCAUCCAGCUUCUACUAUGCCUCGUCGAUAGAUUCCCCUUCUUCCUGACACUGCUCAGCGUCGGCUCCCAUGUUGUCUACUUGGGUAAUAUGCGGAGGUUUCCCUACGUCAAAUUGACCGAUCCGCUGUUCGUUUUGUCAUGCGUCCUCGUUCUUGUCAACCAUUACCUGUGGUUCAAACACUUCUCGGGUCACCAAGAGCGCGCCUACCAGAAAAUGACCUCGUACUACGACAUGCCAUCCAACGUUCCCACCUUCACCGAGAUCGCAUCCUACUUCGGCAUCUGCGUAUGGCUGGUUCCCUUCGCCCUCUUUGUCAGCUUGUCUGCAAGUGACAAUGUCCUGCCCUCAAUGGGCAACGAGGCUUCUUCGAGUGCUGGAGCUGGUGGUGUCGGUGGUGAUGGUACAAGGGCAAGACGAGGACGGGGCCUGAUCGGGUCCGUUGUGGACAACAUCCUAGGAGCUGUGGGGGGAGUCACGUCCACGGUGGGCUGGAAGAAGUCCGACGAUCGGCUGUAG